UGACGUCACUCCUCGUAAAAGCGCUCCAGCAUUCUUCCUUGACUCCUCAGCGCAGCAGGCUUCUCAUCUCUCCUUCCUUCUCCCUCCAGCCACCAUGGUCAGCUUCCCCGCAGCUUGUGUUUGCGCCGCCGCGGUGUUUUGCGCAGUUUUCUCCGCAGCAGGAGCGCAGACGCCCACUCCGUCUCCGGCUCCUUGUCACCUGAAAUCCAACAGCACGUGCGCUGAGUGUCUGCAGACUGUGGCUUGUCUUUGGUGCAUCACAACCAAACAAUGCUUGGACUACCCAGUGAAGAACAUCCUGCCCCCCAGCAGUGUUUGCCCCCUGAAUGAUGCACGGUGGGGGGUUUGUUGGGUCAACUUCCAGAUCCUGAUCAUCACCAUGUCGGUGCUCGCCGGCAUCGUCGUCGUCUCGGUUGUCGUUUGCUGCUUGUGCUGCUGCUGCAAGUGUGAGAGAGCUGGAAACAAGCGAGAAGACGAACAAGCAGAGAGACAACAACGGGGAAGGAAGUCCCGUCAGAAAGCGAGGAGGACUGAGAUACAGCUGAGACAUGAUGAAAUCAGGCAGAAAUACGGUCUGGCAAAGGACAACCCAUACGCCCGUAUGGACGAUCGUUAAUUCCAUCGAUGAUUCCUUCAGAAGGUCUUUUUGAUGCCAGUAACAACGAGAUGCAGCUGUACUGUACCUUUUGAUCAACUUGAUUAUGUGCAUUAAUUUUUAGUGUGACAGUAUUUGGAAAACACCACUUUCUUUACAAUUUUUAACAUGUGAAAGAGGCUCGCUAAUUUCUUAAAACUGAUUUUACGAGUGUUUUUGCUAAUAGUAUUUUCUGUUCAUGAAGGAGAGCAGAUGUCAGAACAAGCAUGUUAAUUGAUUCUGGUAAUAACUUUUAUUAGUUUUAGUACCACUGUUUAAUUCACUUGUAAAUUACACAUGAAAUGUUAGGUUUUGGUGCAGCUUCUUUUGAAAUUGUAAUC